UGUGAUUCAUCUGUUGUGGGUUGGCUGUAAGUUAGUAAAUUUGGAUUUUACAAAUUUAAAAUUAAUCGUAAAUGCUCAGUCUGAGUCCACUGUCCACCGUAUUCCCUGUCUCCCUCUGGCUCUCUCUUGUGUUAUGCCCUGAGAGAAGGAAAAAAUCAUUGCCAGGGCACGUCUGAACUGUGACAGCCCCGCCCAUUACUAGUCCUGUGGUUUUGCACCUGCCUUACCACCCCUGCCACUUUGAACGCAAAACCUCCCUGAGCUCCUGUACCUGCACUGCAGCGUAUAUUCAGCCCUUACUACUAAAUCUUCUUUGCUGGGUCACUUCACGGCUCCACGGAGGUACCCACGUCCACAGCGAACAGGUAGCCUAUUUAACGUGAGGGGUAUCACAACAGCGACUGCAGCCUACCCCCAAUUGAUGAAGACGCAGCGGUGUAAAAAGAAGGAAAAGGAGAAAUCGGUGCCACCAGUAGCGGAUACUGUAGGUGAGUGUUACAUGUCAGGAGGGAGAAAUUUGCUCAUGUCUUUUCCAUGGGCCAAGUAACGAAGGCAGUGGACAUAAACAUGCAUUAAGUGACAGUGGCAACCCGGUAGUCUACUACGCAAGAGUGCUCCCUCCGGACCUCCUCACUGAACUUUAUCCGCCUGGCUUUGACGCGAUGGCUGUUUCUGCUCUGGGGGAAGUUGGAGGCGUCUUGCACGGCAUCGAUGGUGUCGCUCAGGUCGGGUCCCAUUUCCUCCUGACCCCACUCGGGGACAGUCCCACGCUGCUAGGGGAUCACCUUAUUCCUGGGGACAGGCUCUCCCGGAGCACCACGGCGGAUUUAACGCACCUCAAAGGGAUACUGAGGAGGAGACAGUUGUACUGCAGAACGGGCUUUCAUCUGGAAAUACUUCCGGAUGGCACAGUGCAAGGGACGAGGAAGGACCACAGCCGUUUUGGUAUCUUGGAAUUUUUAAGUCUUGCUGUUGGGUUGAUAAGCAUUAGAGGAGUGGACAGUGGACUGUAUCUGGGAAUGAAUGACAGAGGCGAGCUGUUUGGAUCUAAGACGCUCACUGCUGAGUGUGUGUUCAGGGAGCAGUUUGAGGAGAACUGGUACAACACUUACUCCUCCAACCUCUACAAACAUGGAGACAGAGGGACACGCUACUUUGUGGCACUGAAUAAAGAUGGGACACCAAGGGAUGGGACUAAAUCCAGGCGGCACCAAAAAUUUACACAUUUUUUACCCAGGCCUGUGGACCCUGAUCGUGUGCCAGAGCUGUACAGGGAUAUCCUUGGACACAGCUGAGACUUGGAGGCCUGUUCCAGUUCAGAGAUAGCUGCUAAAGCCCUGUCAGGCAGGGUAAAGAGAAGAAAAGAGGGAUGCAGGCAUGAGGAUGUGGCCGGUGCAAGCUGGUGGACAGCAGUCUGAUCAGGAGGGAUAAAGGCAUCGGGGCCUCUUAUAGGAAUGCACAAACCAUCUCUCAGCAGCCAGGAAGACAGGCUAGAAUGUCUGCACACUCGUCAUGAGGGAGCCGUUUGUUUCAGAGGUUGGACACCCCUAAAAAGUACCUGCAUUGAACAGGAGACAAACAGGAAAUGGAGCUGAUAUAGUCAGGGAGCAUCUUCUCUGGGCGGAUGGAGAUGCCAGAAGAUGUGAGAAGCUGUGUUACUAUGAAAGAGUUUUUUGAGGUGGAUACCUUGUCAGUAAAAUGUAACUUUCUCAGAGGGACAUUGAAGGAAUUCAUUUUUAUUAACUUGUGUCUAAACUUGUUUAAAGUGCAAAAAUGUAACAAUUAUUUAUUCAUUUUAGAUACAUAUAUUUAUGUUUUAUAUUUAUUUAUUUUAGAAUAUAUUUUGACAGUUAGAUACAUGCACAGUAGAGAAAACAACUAGAACCUGUGUUAAGUAUAUAAAGGCUGACACUAUUUGUCUUCUAUCAUGAAAAGAAGCUGAGUAGAUGAUAAACUAAACAACAAAAAAAGAAAUACAUCAGCAGCUUGUGGAUAAAAUCACCACUUUUGAAAGCAUUUUGUCACAAUGUGGCUUCUGUGAAUCAACGUUGCAAACAACCUUGUAAUAUUGGCAUAACAAUUCCCUCCAAAAUACACUUGUUGUCCUCUAAGAUAGAUUUGAAGUAAACUCACUCCCAUUACAAACAGUAAAAAUGUGAUUACAUUUUUUAAAAGAUUUUUAUCAGUCGCUCACCAUGUGUCUGCUUAAAACCUGUUUUCCUUUCAAGAACACACAUUUAACAGAGGUAUAUUUUUGAAAGAAGAAACCUUUACUUGUUAUAUUUGUUUACCAGAGUUAAACAUAUAAACCUGCUUAUGAGACCACUGUUGUCUUUUUUAAUGGACACUGAUACGCUGAGAGGAGUUGUAGACCUGAUGAGGGCAUAAAACUUCAAAGCCCCUGUCCCGAUUCAUCUGAAUGAAGAGUACUAACAACAGUAAGAUCAGGACCAAACAAACUCUGACCUUUCAGUAAGACCUGCAACUUAAACAGCUGCAUAAAAAUGGAGGUCAGAGUGAUAAGGAUCAAAUGCCCUCUGCUGGCAGUUCAAAGAUGGCAGAUUUGUUGAAAUGUCUGUUUAAACAAUGGAAGUCAAGACGGCAAAGACAUUUGCAUUCUUAUUUUUGCUCCUACUUCUUUGUGUCAAAAAUGUUAAAACUGUCACAUAGUUUUGAAUAGCACGAAAACAAACCAAGGAGGUGUCCUACUUUACAGCAUAUCUCAUAUCUGUGCAGUUUCCUCCACGGUUGGGGGAAGAUUUGUGUUGAAGCAUGAAAGCUCAGUCUGUGAUCUCAGUGUGUGUGUGUGUGUGUGUGAUGGCAAGCCAGUGGGGGUGUCUCGAAACAGGGAGUCAGUGCUGCUGCCAACUCUCUCCUGUCUUCAGUGUGAUAUUGUGGGACUUUCCCACCUGCACACCUUGAACAUCAACACACUUCUGUCGUCAAUUAAUGACAGCAUCCUAGAGUGUAUAAUAACCUGCGUGUAUAUGGACAUCCCCUGUCCACCGAGUAAACACACGCAAGCCUAUAAGAGCAUGAAAGAAGAUUCUGAGGCUUGUUUGU